AUGGGCGGUCUCACAACAUGCAACGACUCCGUUCGCACAAUACGAGCAUACCACCGACAAGGUGAAAACAGUCGCAGUUGGCUCACGAGGAGCAGUCCGGAAGUCGAAUACUACGACCCAAUCACAUUCACCGAGGUGGACGCCCUACAAACAGGCCCCAACAAUGACCCGCUGGUUGUCGAACUGGCAAUUGGAGAAAGUGUGGUCACAAAAAUCUUAAUCGAUACUGGAAGCUCAGUGAACGUUAUUUUCAAAGACGUAUUGAUUCGGAUGGGGGUCGAUUUGCGUCUUGCCGAGCACAACACACUGCCCUUAACCAGUUAUGUGUUCGACGGGGACACAGUUAUGACUGCAGGCACGAUAAUGUUGCCAAUCUACGUUGGGGGAACGAUGCAAUGCUUUAACUUCGCCAUUGUCGACAAACCAAUCGUGUACAACGUUAUUCUUGGAACCCCUUGGUUGCAUAGGAUGAAAGCCGUACCGUCAACAUAUCAUCAGUGCGUCAAGUUCCCGACGCAGCGAGGAAUCUACACUUUGCACGGUGAUCCGCUGAUUGCGCGAACCUGCUUUAUCGUCGAGAGACUGCUCCGUAAUGCUUGA